UAAACUAUUGAGUCUUUUGUCGCUACAAAUGUCCUUGGUAAUUUCGCGAUCCCGGUAGCCAUCUCAAUCAUACAAUGAACACAGCCCAUCUGAGUUUGGUGUUCUCCUCGCUGCUGCUGUUUGUAAAAUGACCCUGUUCCACGCAGAUAUCAAAGGGGUACCAGCUUCGAGAAAGAAGCAGGGUAGCAAACACAUGUUAGCAGUCUACAUCUCAAAUCAAAUGGCACGGAUUUUUCACAAAUGGAGAAUAAUGUUUGUAAAUCUUUAUCAGGCAACAGUCAAAAGGAACAAGUUCUGACCCUUAUGUCAGUUUUUAGAAUCGAGGUCAAAUUGGAACAGGAAAUGAAGACAUCAUGGUGUAGGGAUGAGGUUGGAGAGACUGCAGGGGCUGGUGGACAGACCCCCAAUCUCUCAGGCCGCCUUUGCCGAGGUUUUCAAUUGGGGUCUUCAAGUAGAACCGCGUCAUUUUCCUGAUUCCCUGGCGGAAUGGUGAGCCGUGGAUUGACAGAAGUGUCCCGAGUUUGUGAGGCGCUGUGGUUUGAGGGAGUUGGUGAAGGAAGCGGAGAGAAAGGUCCAGAGCUGAAACCUCAGGCGGAGCUUCCAAUCUCGGUGCGAGCCCGAUGGUCCAAUCUGAAGCAGCUAGCAGUUCAGACAAGUCAAGGAUUGAGGUGUAAGGACUUUUAAAACCCUGAAUAUCAGCGAGACAUCCUGAGCAGACAGCACAAAGUCUCCUUAGUAACAGGUAAAUUAUGGCAUCAUAAUGAAGUCACAUUUAUAUCCGCUGGCCUGAUUUUGCCUGGGCGGUCACACCCGGGAUUGCUUUUUUUUAUAUAAUGUCCGAUUUUAGAAAUAAGCUGGGAAGCCGAGAAACAUUGGGUAGGUUGCGUGGAACUGGCUAAAUUGAGGAAUGUGAUCGUUGAAACUCGUUAAGAAAGUGGAUGAGAAGCGAUGGAAAAACUGCUCCUGUCUAAAGGAUAUCAACUUGGGAACACGAUCGGGGAGGGGACUUAUUCCAAAGUGAAGGAAGCUUACUGCAGAGAUCAGCAGAGGAAAGUGGCCAUCAAAAUCAUCAACCGACAGACAGUACCAAAGGAUUUCAUCCACAAAUUUCUCCCACGAGAGCUGCAAAUAGUACAGAACUUGGAUCACAAAAAUAUCAUAAAGGUUCACGAAAUCUGGGAGAGUGACGAUGGCAAGAUCUGUAUAAUCAUGGAACUUGCGGAAGGUGGGGAUGUUCUAGAACACAUCAAAAAGGAAGGGCCGUUACCAGAAGAACUGGCAAAAACCUUAUUCCGUCAACUUGUAGCAGCAAUUCGAUAUUGUCACGACUGUGGUAUUGCUCAUCGAGAUCUGAAGUGUGAGAACACACUUCUGGAUAAAAGCUUCAAUGUGAAAUUGGCAGACUUCGGCUUCGCUAAGAAUUUCCGGACCGGGACAGCUGAGUUAAGCAAAACAUUCUGUGGCAGCACAGCUUACGCUGCACCCGAGGUUCUCCAGGGAGUUCCACAUGAGAGCAUCAAGAGUGACAUCUGGAGUAUGGGCAUUGUGUUAUACAUCAUGCUGUGCGGGCACCUGCCUUUCGAUGACUCCAACAUUCCCAAGAUGUUGUGGCUGCAGCAGAACGGGGUGGCAUUCCCACAGCACCUGGAGCUGAGCCGAGAAUGUAGAGACCUUGUUGGAAGAUUGUUGGAACCCGAUUGCAGUCUGAGACCUCCAAUCCAGGAGGUCUGCUUCCAUCCGUGGUUAUCAGACAGCCAAUAAACAUGAGAAUCAAAACUGGUCGUUUCACCUUUAUAAAAAAAGUGACAAUGCAGUACGCAGGGUACGAAUGGACACUGGCUGCUGGCGUGGAGCCCAAUUUCCAGAGUGUCUAAAAUUAUUGGAAAAACACGGCCUUACAUAUGUCACUAGAUGGCAGCACAGGCCCUGGGCAAUACUGGCCAUUAUUGUCAAGAUAAAACAGUGUAACAACAUUGCAAUUGGCUUCAGUGAAUAUUGUCUCAUAUAUGA